AUGGCGACUUCCAAGAGAAAGCAUGUGAAAGGUGGCACGUCUGUGGCCCCUACAGGGUACACUGCUAUACCAGUGAAAUUCUCUGAAAAGCAUCAAUCUCCUCACUACCUCUAUGUGAAGGAGCACAAAGUCAGGGAGAAUACAGAUCCUUACAGACCUCCAAACCGUACGCUUUUCAUCCUCAAUGUCCCACCAUAUUGCACAGAGGAAUGCUUGUCAAGGCUGUUCUCUGGCUGCUGUUCUGUACAGUCCGUGGAGAUGUGUGAAAAGCCAAAGCUGGGAGAAAAGCCAGAAGCAACUGAGUCCAAGUUCUUCAACACUAAGACAUUGUUGGGAUUCAAGGUGGCCUAUGUGGUGUUCAAGAGUCCAGCUGGUGUACAGGCUGCCCAGUCUUUAUCAGCACAAGGGCCCCUGGUGAUAUCUUCUGUCAAUCAUCCUGUGCAAACUGGAAUUCACAAAUGGAUUGCCAGGUAUACUGCUUCCGUUGUGGAUCCUGCUGAGUUGAAGAAAGAGGUGGAUGUUUUCAUGCAAGCCUAUGACCAGAAGGUUGCCGAGGAAGAUGCAAAAGCUGAAAAUGAAGAUGGUAUCCCAGAUGAGGAUGGGUGGGUGAAGGUGACAAGAAAAGGUCGAAGGCCUGGACUUCCACGGACUGAGGCAGUCAACUUGCGGGCGCUGGAGAGAGAGAAGCGCAAGAGAGCACGCAAGGAGCUCCUCAACUUCUAUGCUUGGCAGCAUCGUGAGACUAAGAGGGAGCACAUAGCCCAGCUGAGGAAGAAAUUUGAAGAGGACAAACAGAAAAUUGCACUCAUGCGAGCACAGAGGAAGUUCCGGCCAUACUGAAUCUCCAGGCGAUUCUAACAGAAGGGGAGCCACGCUGAGAAGUUCACAGGCAGAAAGGUUUUCAUGGAGCUUCUGGGAAGCCAACCUGAAUAUCUGCUUGUUUCCCAUCACUGUCCCCUGGACUGUGACUGAUGAAGUUGGCAGUUCUAGAAUCCAAACAUGAAACCAUCUUUGCUCAAGCUGUGUAAUGCUGGCAGAUCACAAAUGGGCAACCCGGCGAUAGCUCUGCAGAGCUGCCUUCUUGGAUAUCCCUGGCACAAACUUGAUUUCACCUAAUUACAUACCAGGGUAUUUCUGAUGCUGUUUGACUAUGAAAUAAAACAGCUAUAGACUUUAAAUUGUAAAUAAAUGUUGCUAUUCCUUUCUCCCCAUCUUCACUGGCCUAUUUGCUGUAUACUUGGUUUGCUGGAUAACUUACACGUCAGACUUGGAAGCAGAAUGCACAAGAAUAGUUGCUUUGCUAACUUCUACCAAAAUGCCAAAAACAGUUGAUAUGCUGAUUGGCUGCCCAGGUACGCUGAGUGUUUUAUGUAGCAGUGUGUUGGAGCUAUGGUGUUCAGGGGAACAAUGGUUCUGCUAGGAUAUGGGUUGCAGUAACAGAGUAAAGGGUAACGGUGGUUGUAAUAGUAACUGUGGUUGUUGAGGUCUCUGGAGAGACGGCACA